AUGGCAGGAACAGGAGUUCCGCCAAUCAACAUCGAGGGCACCGCUGAUUGGUCAUCCUUGAGUAGGAUGAUGAACAGCAAGGGGAUUCAAUUCUCCAAAGCGAGGACGGCGGGUACCAGUGUGAAGGUAUUCACAAAUACGCCAGCUGACUACCGUCAGCUAGUUGCACUGCUUGAAUCCAUCAAGCGGCCCUUCUUCACAUAUCAACUGAAGGAGGACAGGAUGGACCAGAGGGUCAUUCGUGGGCUUCCGAGAGAGAUGUCAGUCAAUGACAUCAAAGAGGAUCUGGUGAGCCAAGGCAUCGCAGACGCCGUGGUUCAGCAGCUGACCUCAAGGACCACAAAGAAGCCACUUCCGCUCUUCCUCGUCAAGACGAAGAUGCUGGAAAAGCUUGCAGAGAUCCAGAGGCUGGCCAUGCUCACGGUCAGCUUCGAGAGGAAGAAAAAGUCUUCCGAGCCCAGCCAGUGCUACCGCUGCCAGCGGUACGGGCACACACAGCGGAACUGCCGUCUCGCUGAACGGUGCGUUAAGUGUGGAGAGGACCACAACAGCACCAGCUGCAGUCUGCCAGCGCCGCCAACAGGGCAACGAAACGCCAAGUGUUGCCUCUGUGGAGAAGGCCACCCCGCCAACUACAAGGGAUGUAGUAAGGCGCCGAAGAAAGCUGCUUCUGCCCCCAAAGCAGUCCCCACCACAAAUAGGACUUCUUACGCCCAAAAAGUGAAGAAGCCUAUGUCCACUUCUGCCCCAGCAGCCGCCACUGCUACUGGAACUACUGCGCAGAAGCAACACGGCGAUGACAGACUGCUAGCAAUGAUGCAAGCCAUCAUAACCCGCCUGGAUGCACUCGAGGCCAAGAUGCAAGACAAGCACUAG